AUCGUUGUAUUAGAACUCCUGGUUGUUUUGGGCUCCAUUGUCUGGGACUUUGUUGCGACCAACAAAUCGUUUGGACUGGUCCAUUGCUGAGCGCCCCCCCGGCGUCCCGGUUUUGUAACUCAGCAGAAAAGUGAUGUAACUUCAGCCGGCUUUCUGCUCCAGCUGUAGAGCCGAGACACCCAGGGAGAACUCUGUCCCUGUCCGACCGAGACACCAGGGAGAACUCCGUCCCUUCACCGCCGCUCCUGGGAACACAAAGUCGGGGCUUUUCUUCGUUGUCUUUGGGGAUGAAUCCGGCCCGGCGCUGCUCGGCGCUGCUGAGCCAGAUGUGCGUGACGUCGCUGGGGGGCCAGUCCGCCCGGGGCCCGUGUCCCGCCGGCCCCGGCCCGGGACACCGUUACUGCAGCUCGGUGCUGGGGGCGGGGGAGCCGGGGCUGCAGGGGGUCCAGGGGAGCCCCGGGACCCCCGGCGGGGCCGCCGGCAGCAGCAGCAGCAGCAGCGUGGCAGCACCAGUUUGUCCAAUGGGCAGUGGCGGCAGCCGGCUGUUCGGCACGCUGGCCCAGUCCUUGACCAGCGCCCCCUCGGCCCAGCCGGAGCCGUACCGGGAGGAGAGUCCAGACCGGGAUGUCAGUGAGGUGGACCCGGACCAGCUGCUCAGGGAGUGUGAGGAGGCCCUGCGGAGGCGUCCGGCCCGGCCACACCGGGACCUGGUCUUUCCCAACGCCACAGUUCCCUACAAGCACAACCCCUCCAUACGGGUGAUGCAGUGGAAUAUACUCGCUCAAGCUCUGGGUGAGGGGAGAGACGGCUUCGUCCGCUGUCCACUGGAGGCCCUGAACUGGCACGAACGGAAGUACCUGAUCCUGGAGGAGAUCCUCACCUACCGGCCCGACAUCCUGUGUCUCCAGGAAGUGGACCACUACUACGACACGUUCCAGCCCGUCAUGGCCGGCCUGGGCUACCAGGGCAGCUUCCUGGCCAAGCCCUGGUCUCCCUGUCUGGACGUGGAGCAGAACAACGGCCCCGACGGCUGUGCGCUGUUCUACCGCCGCUCCCGCUUCACCCUCCAGUCCACGGCCCACCUGAGGCUGUCGGCCAUGAUGCUGCCCACCAACCAGGUGGCCAUCGUGCAGACGCUGGGCUGCCAGCUGACGGGGCGGCGGCUGUGCGUGGCCGUCACGCACCUGAAGGCUCGCAGCGGCUGGGAGCGGCUGCGCAGCGCGCAGGGGGCCGACCUGCUGCAGAGCCUGCAGACCAUCACGUCCCGAGGGGGCGGCCAGGGCGCCGCCGCCACGGCCGCCACGCCGUUGAUCGUGUGCGGGGACUUUAACGCAGAGCCCUCCGAGGACGUCUACAGACGCUUCAGCUCCUCGCCCUUAGGGCUCAGCUCGGUGUACAAGCUGCUGAGCUCCGACGGGGAGACGGAGCCGGCCUACACCACCUGGAAGAUCCGGCCCACCGGGGAGAGCUGCAGCACGCUGGACUACAUCUGGUACACGCGCAGCGCUCUGGCCGUGGACAGCCUUCUGAACAUUCCUACGGAGGAGCAGAUCGGCCCGGACCGGCUGCCCUCCUACCACUACCCCUCGGACCACUUAUCGCUGCUCUGUGACGUCAGCUUCAGGGAGGAGCCGCACAGGCUGAUGUAGAGCAAACAUGAGCUGUACUGUGAACGAUGCUGCAGCCAAGGGUGUGGUACCUCCUCAAACCCGGGGCCCGGUAUGGGGGGCGUACGCCAGGCCGGGCCUAAAGGGUUAAAGGUCUAGAUACCGUCGACAAGCACAAACCAAACUGCAUAGAAAAACCAAACGGUGGCAGAUUUGCUCUCCUUCAGAGUGAAGACCAGCAGGCUCCCCUAACACUUACUGCUGUCAAAUAGCACAAAGACACACCCCAAUCAAUUAAAGACACGCCCCAUUUAAAGAACGCCCCAAAGACACGCCCCAAUCAAACACAUGCCCCAAUUAAGGACACGCCCCAAUUAAGGGGGUUUGUGGGCUGAGAACCCGGUACCUCUUUUGUUUUUUUAUUUUUUUUGUCUGCAUAUAUAUUAAUGGUUAAUACCAAGUUGAUAAAAACCUAAGGCAUAUAUAUAUAAUAUAUAUGAAUUUUUAAUAUAUAAUAUAUAUCAUAGGUACCUCUUUUGUGAUGCUGCUGUUAUUCAGAAAGAGUGAAAUAAGACCAACUCUGCUGGAAACAUGAGCUUCCAGGAUCAACUGAGCUGACGGCAGCCCAACCUUGGGCCUGACCCGGGACCGACUCAGCUCGACCCGGGGCUGAGACGGCAGCUCAGAGCCCGGUCUGCUGACGUUCCAUCCCUGUAAACUGCUGCAGUUUCUCUUUGAGAGUAUUAUUGAUGACUAGUAGCUGAUGAACUUUAGCGUUGUGCCAUGACGUAGCAACCUGGGUUUAAUGCUUGUGUUCACAACAGUGUUGCUAUGACGACAGAUGUUUCUAAGCACUAUUAGAGAGCUCUCCUUCUCUAAACCUCCUCUUCAGCCUCUAGCAGCACACGGACCAUCAUUUAACUGUAGAAUAAUCACUUUUCUCUAUGAACUGAUGUCAUGAGAUGAGAACUCCUCCCCUCCGACUGCCAGCUCACGUCUCAGCUGAACUGGUUGCUGGUCGGCUGCUGCUCAUCCUGUCCUCACACCUGACUGAACUGAAACAUUGUUGGGAUGUAAGUGAGCGCCUGAGCCUAACACGGUUCCAUAAGUGACGUCAGGAAUGGAGCAGAAGACAAGGAAGCAGCAAGUCUCCAGACUAAGACAGGAUUCCCAUGACCUGAUGGCGGGCUGUACUUCUGUACCUCAUUCUGCACACAUUUCUACAUUAAAGGGGAACUUCUGUUCAAGAUGCAGCAAUAUUGUAUUGUCCAUAAGUGGUUGUUCACCUGAGAUCUGAGCAGGUGAUUUUAUUGUCCACAACAGAUUUAUGUUGAAGUUUAUCGGUGCAGACGCCUCCUUCUACACCCUGAUUAGAAAGUGGCCAUUGUUGUAAUUAAAUGAUAAAAAUGU